AUGGCGAGCACAAGAGAGGCCAGUGCGGAGCCGGCGAGCCUGGAGUAUAUGGAGGAUCCCUAUUUUGUGCCGCCUGACGAUGACUCGACGCCGAGUUUCGAUGUAGCGGUGGACGAGCUCGACGAACUAGAGGAGUUGGCCAACUGGCCGCGAGACGUCGACGCCGAGGCCGAAUGGCGCGCGCUGCCCGACCUCGCGGAGUCCGCCCUAUGCAUCGAGACCGAGUUCUACAUGGACAACCGGCGCCGUCGGCUGCGGAUCUUCAGGAAGAAAAUCCGCGAAGUUCGCGUCACAUUUCAGGAUCUCUCCAAGCCGUACCUCGCGAAAGUCUCCAGUCACACGAACUACAAAAAGUUUUUGGGUAUCACGCCCGGAGCAGAGGAAGCGAUGCCAGGCGCGGCGGGCGGCGACGCCCACACGCCCGACGAGCUCGCCGGCCUCACUCCCGAGCAGGCGGAGCAGUUGCGGGCCGAGUGGAGCCGCGAGCUGGCACGCGUAGAGGACGAGAUAGCGACACUCCGCACCGUGCUUCAGAGCAAGAUUCGCCAGAGCUCCGAGCUGAAGAGGAAACUUGGCAUAACAGUGUGGAAGGAGAUCACCGAGGACGUGAAUCAGGGUUUGAAAAACGUAAAGGAGAGCCAGGUCUACCAAACGAUAGAAACGCGUGUCGCUGCGAUAACACAGGCUGUGACCGAAGCACCAAUAUACCAAAAAACUGAAUCUGUGAUAAAGUCCACUGCGGAGAAGACCACGUCGAUCUUUGGCGGGAUCACGGCCGGCGUGUCCAGCAAGCUGGGCCAGAUGCGCAACUCCGAGUCGUUCCGCUCCAUCGAAGAGCGCGUCGGCUCCGCGUACGAGAAUGUGAAGGGCAAGGUGGCCUCCCGCUCGAACUCCACGCAGAGCUUCGACGAGGCGCUGCGCGACGCGAGCCGCGGCGCCAGCGGCGCCACCUCGCCCACCAUCCCCGAGAACAAGCCGCUGCCC